GGAAGUUAUAAAAUCUUGCUCGUCAAGGUCGGGGUGCCGGCUUUGCGUUCUUUGUUUCCAGGUGAAAGUGGCUGCAUUGUUCUACUUAUUUGUAACAUGAUCUCAUAAAAAAUAACUAUCUUUAUUUCGGUCUUAAUGCUAACAGUAAUAACCUUUUGGAGAGACCAUAAUAUAUGAACGUCCUUUGAGCAGCGUUAAAAUGACCUUGAAAAUGUCCACCUACUAUGUAGGACUAAAUGAGGGGUAUAAUGCAGUGUAAGGAAUCGUAAUUAUGACUUAAAGUCGGUGGAUAGGGUCAAAAGUUAGAUAUAGGGUUUUCAUCACGAACUGACAUCAGCUAUGACAAUGUCAUAGUGGCACCUUUGUAUUUUCCCAUUAACUUCCAUUAAAUUUGAAUCUUCUGCAUUCUCUCAUAAUUUGCUUCUUUUUGGCCAUAUUUAAUUAUACUUACCACUUCUCUCUGUCAAUAAUCCUAUCAUUUUGACUUCCUUGCUAUUAUCUUUUUCACUGGUUUACUAAUUGUUGUAAAUGAUCUAGAAUUUAUAAAACUUUGUUAUACAUAUGGUCAGAUAUUUGUGUGAUAUGCAGACCAAUGUUUACGCCAUGCUGAUUACUUCAAAUUCAUUUAGAAAUAGUUAAUUUCCCUGGUUAUACGUCAAAAAAUUUGAUGAGUGUGGGUUUUGGUUGUAGUCGCAUUUCUUUACUGUUAGUAUCACAUAUUAGUGAAAUAAACCUUAUAACAUGUGCUUGUUAUAAAUCUGCUCACUGUGUUGUUUCAAGCUGAAACCAACACUGCAUAAAGUUAUUUGUCUUCAUUUGGGGAUAUAUUCGUUCUGUAUUUUUGUUGUCCUAGUAAUAUUGGGUAAUAAUGACAAGGGGUAGGAAGUCCUUGCUUUCUGGUAUAAAACUGUCCUACGCUUGUGAAUGGCCAAACUGCUGUAAUACUUUCAACAACGAAAAUUUACUCAAAUAUCACCAGCUGCAACACUUUAGAGAACUAUGUGAACAACCUUCACAAGGUUCACGUCUUCCUGUCUGUGGCAUAUGUAACGCCUCUUUAAAUAUAACUGAUGUUGACGGGAUUGAACGGCAUUCGUUUUUUCAUUCAUGGGUUAACCAACUGAAAGCUAUCGGGAAACAUAUUUUGGAACUAAAUGACUGGCCUAUAUGUCUAUCCGACUCAGUAUCAUGUAAUUUGAUCCCCGAACUUCCAACCAAAUUCGAGUGUGGUUGGGAAUAUUGCGAUUUUAAAACCAACGAUGUUUGUGUAUUUAUUACUCAUGUAUCAAGACACCCAGAGGAAUAUACCGAUUCUCGAUAUCCUACAAAUGUACAGUUAAAGUGUCUAUGGGAGAAUUGUACAUAUAUGGCUAAUCGUUUAAGGAAUCUUUCACGUCAUUUGGAUACUCAUACUCAAGCCAAACGUGCAGCUUGUCCUACAUGUGGUUUAUUGCUUGUUGAUUUCCGUAAAUUAGAAGAUCAUCUUAAACGCCAACAAAUUCAUUUAUUAAAUAAAAGCACCAACUUUAAGGAGAACUUGCAUCAUUCGGUCAAGCCUGUGAAGUGCAGUCGUUGUCGAAGAGUAUUCAGUACACAAAGAUUAUUGAUGUCACAUAUGAAAAGACAUAUCAAUACAGUGAAAUGCCCUUUUUGUGAUAUGACUGUCUGGAGCAAGUCAGCUCUAGAACGUCACAUUUUAUUUCGACAUUCAAAUGAGAAGCCACUUAAAUGUCCAUACUGUAAUUUUACAUUUAAACUUACCAAUUGUUUAACGCGACAUUUAAGUUCUAGACAUAAAAUUUAUGAAUCAAAUGAAAAUGAUAGGAAGUCAACUGAUCCAGUUGUAUCGGAUACUAUUCAAUCGGAUUUAGUUGGUGAAAAAUGGCCUCACUCCAUAUCUAUUGCUCCAAUCCAUGGACCAUUAGCUCAAGCUGGUGCCUUACCACAUGUUCAAGCAGAUAUUUUAACUCCUACAGACAAUGAUACUACUCCUUGUGCAACAGUGGAUGUAUUUGUUUGUCCUCAUAAUGGUUGUAAUUUCAAAACUAACAAAAGAAAUGGUUACCUUGUUCAUAUUGGUCGUAAACAUCAUCCACUUCCAUCUAGUUCAUCACUAGAGCCAUCAUCAGAUCGUCCAUAUAGUACCGAUAACUCACCAAAUACUUCUCAAGAACGUUUAUAUAUGUGUCAUAUGUGCUCUGCUGUUAAACGACGGGGUAACGAAUUAUCAAAGCAUUUGGUGAGAGAUCAUCAUUUAGCUCGUCCUUCUGGGCAUGUCCGCUUUACGUACACUAUUUCAGAUGAUGGACAUUAUCGCCUUCAGUUAACUCGUCUUGAUACUGUACGUGUUGCUGCUCAAUUGCUUGGUGAGACAGUUGUUAGUAAAUUACUCGUUGAGACAAGGAAUCAACAGUUGCCUAUCUGUGAAUAAAAUUUUUUCUACAAUCAUUUCAAGUAUAUAUCUUUAUCACAAUCACUUCUCCAUAAUGUUUUACCCACUUUGUACAGGUUCUUUGAUUGAUAUAUUCAAACACCUCAAUAAACCAUGCUUUUAAUCUGUUUCAUUUAGCUCCUUUAUUUUGAUGUUUUUUGUGUUCAGUAUAGGAUUUAUUGUCAUAUAUUUAGUUCUGUUGUUUACAAAACAGAUUAAAGUAUUUUCCAAUGUAUUUUAAAAUGAUAAUAAACAUCUAUGCUUUUAUCUGUCUUUAUAUCUCAUCUCCAAAGAGAUAUAUCAUAAAAUGCAGGCUGGAUGCAACAGUCGAAUUUAUCCCAUCUUAGUAACAUUACUCUAUAACUGAUUCUAAAUAGCUCAUGUCAGUGAUAUAGUAUAUCCAAAUACUGUGCUGUCGGUUUUAUCUUUUGAAAGACUGUAUAAAUGACAUUAACAGAAAUUUUCUUAGAAUACUUAAUAACCUUAUUUACCACCCGGAAAAAAUGUUGUCUGUUGACAGUCUUCUAUUGUAUAUUUUAUUUGUUAUCAAUAUAUUCAUCCUAAUUAGCACUUGUGAUAACUUUAAAACAUGUUUUAUAUGAUGUAUAUUUCAUGUAAUAAACUUGAAUGAACACU